CUAGCCAUCAGAUGUCACUACUCGAUGUAACGUGUGACGCUACUAAACACAAGUUUCGUACAAAAUUUGAAAUAAGCUGAAAGCUCAAGUAAUCAACCUUUUUUUAGAUAAUAAAAUAUUGACAAAUGAGACGAAAGCCGUCUGACACGCGUGGUUACUAUUAUUUUAAGUACCGGGUGUCACGUGAUUAACGAAUGGCUGUACAAUGAAUUAUCUGAACAAUUCCAGUUGCAAUGGUGAUUCUAGUUUGCAGUUGAACAAUGUCGAAAUAUUGUAUACAAAAGUGCAACGGGUUUACAUGAAGCCGCAGCAUAAGGAGGAACGACAACGAGAAUUAAGAGUUAACGUGGAAAUUCAUGCUGGUAUUAGUCCCGUAUGUCGCAAGAGUUUAUGUGUUCUACUAGCAGAUGACGAUGACCCUUGUUUCCUAUACUCUUUAUUCAUAACUGAAGAUGACUUUAAAGUAUUGAAGUCCCAACAAGGAUUACUUGUUGACUUUGAUAACUUUGCUACACAGUUAAUAUAUUUGCUAGAACAAUGUCAAAUUCCUUCAACGACAUCUAUAAUGAAGACACCUCCAAAAUUCUUACUGCUCUUAGCAGAAGAAAGUGGAGAAUGGGUAUUCAAGCUUGUAGAGACAAACAAUUUCAAGCAUUUAUGUCAUUUAAGUUUAACCAUAUCACCAGCGAGUGAUUCAGAUUUGAAAACCCACAUGGCUAUGAAGAUAAAACAGUUGAAGGAGACUUUAAUUCAAAGGAAUAGGGACACGUUGGGACUUGAAGCAAGAUUGAAUGACUUGUCCAGCAAGGUUGAGACCAAAACAAGAGAGUUAGAACAGCUCGAGCAAAAAUAUGCAAUGGAAAAGAGCCAAAUGCAAUUAUCUUCUUCAGAACAGAUUAGUUUGGAGAAAGACAGAUUUGCCAAGGCUAGGCUGGAGUGGCAGUGUCAAACGGAGAAAGAAAAGAUUGAAGCGGAACGUAGACAUACAGAUAUCGUAAAAGAACUUCAUACAGAACUGGCCGAGCUGCGUACACAGAAUUUAACUUACAAAGACAAAAUAUCUCUCUUAGAAGCGACCAACAUAGAACAGUUUAAGCAGUUACAAAACGUGGAGAAAGAGUUGAACGUUGUCCAAAGGGAUUUAAGUUUAUUGAGAACGCAGAACGCGAAACUUGAUACUGAUUAUCAUGAAAAGGACAAGAUGGUUAAUAGUUUGAGGACUAAAGUGGCUGUACUCGAGCAAGAAUUGAAAGAUAAAGGUUUAUUAAUUACUAAGCAUACGGAGAUGUUUAAAACAGCCAAGGAACAAAAGCAACAACUCGAGGAACUUUUGAAUGAAAAGGAAGGGCAAGUGCAACGAAAACAGAACUCCCUGCGUAAUUUGAGCGAUGAACUAGUUAAAGCAAAUGAGAUAUUAACUAAAUUACAAAACGAAUUGGCUUCGACUAAGUCUAAAUUGAAAUUAAGAACUAGUAUAGCUCUCGAACAGGAGAGAUUGUUGGAUACUAAACAGAAAGAAGUAGGUCAGUUAGAAACUAAAAUGGAGGGUUUGAUAAAGGAAACGAAAGAUGCAAAAAUGGAAGUAGCGAAUUUGAAGGAACAAGUGAAGGCAUUACAGGGUCAAUUAGAAGAAAAGGAGAAAAUAAUCAAGAACAAUGAUAAUGUGAUCAGUUGGCUGAAUCGACGAUUAGCAGACACUCAGUCGCCACUACAAAACGUUACAACAUCAGCUCCCAUCACUGUACCAUCAACAAUUCAGCUAACUUUACCCAGAACUAACAAAUACAUCUCAAGCAAGUAUGAAACGCGUACACCAGCACCUAUUACAGUACAAUCUGGGUUACCAUUAAGGAAUCCUAUCGUCCAAAAUCCUAAUAUCAAUCAAACGAGUCGUCCGACAGCACGUUCGACGGCAGUUGGUAAUAAUAUUGAUAGCACGAUAGGUAUAUCGACUUUUAACAAGGGCGGACACAUAUCCAGCACCAGCACACCUCUCGAGCGUAUUAAUUCUUUAAAUAAAUUACCUGGGAAUGUAGGGACUGGCUCCUCUUCAGUGCCAGCUACUGAAAACAAUAAUAUGGCUGUGCCAACUAAUAAUGGGACGAAAAAUAAAGGUAUGAGCAGUAAUUUUCAAGGUGGAUUGAGGAGGACUGGUUUCACCGACAAACCGAUAUUACCGUCUGCCUAUUUUCCAAAAACGUUGCAUUGACUUUAAUUAAUUUCCAUUUUUUUUUUUUUUUCCCCCUUAAUAAGCGAUGAGGGCUAGAAUUUCUGAUUAGUUUUUCCGUCUACUAUCAGAGGAAACUGAAGAUUUAUCUGUCUGUAUUAAUCGUCGUUCUACUUCGUACUAGAUAUUCUUACUGAAGUUAAUAAAUACAAAUAUUAUGAGUGUAACUUGACAGAAUAAUAUUAAAUACAUUUUAAUAGUUCAUUCCAUUAAAUGCAUUUUAAUAAUUCGAUGAUUCCUAUAUAAUCGAUAUUAAGAGACUUUUGAAUAAUUCUCAACGUUUGUUAUUUAUUACUUUACCUGGGUAUCACUCUGUUUAGAGUAUGGAUAGCGUAUCAUCAGUUUAGUAUUAAUGUAAAAGUAGUAAUUAUUAAUAAAAACAAUAGUGUGAAAUCGUUAAUAUUCAAAAUCGAUGGAUAUUUUGGAUUUAAAAUAACUGAAGAAUUUAACACAAUAAAUAUACAAUUAAUAAAUUAAUUUUUCAAAUUUGAUAUGUCUCUGUCACGAUAUCCACGUAGUUACGUAAAACGUCUUUCCUUAAGGGCGUGUUAAUUGAGACUGCAAUCUGAUUUUUAUACAUAUCACUGAAAGUAUCAAAAAACAGAAUUAAUAUUAUUAAGACAUUAUAUAUGUAAGGAAAGUUAAAAAAGAAUCUAGAGAAGAUAAAAAACGUUAUACGGUGCAUAAAUUAAUACUAUAUUUGCACAAUAAAAUAGAAAUACAUGUACAAAACUAAUUUAUAAGAUAAUAAUUACAUUGUGGAUGUUUAUGAAUUUAUAAAAAUUUUAUAUAAUUCAAAAAAAUACAGUAUGCGGUAAUAUGUAAGGAAAUAGAACAGACCCGAAGUAAAAUACAAUAUAGAAACUUUAAAGAAAACAAAUCGUUUCUUUAAUUUUAUUUGUAAAAAUAAGAAUUUACAUAAAAUUCCAAGGUCUACGAACAAUUUAUUACAUUGUACGUGAAAGUUUGAGAUUUGUGUAAGAAUAGCGAUACUGAGAAAUAAUUGAUCGUUUAUCGAAAUCUCUUUUUCACAAUUUCUCUUUUUACGUAUGUUC